AUGGACUGGAAGAGUGACUCGGUAGACCAAACAGUGCCGUAUGACAGACGAAAUGACAUAGAUCAUAAUGUGUCGCGGUAUGACCUGGACUCUGCGUGCACCCCACGGGGCACCUUGGCUGCCCUCAGGUUGCUGUCCAGUUACAACCACUUCCUCGCGCCGACUGAUAUGCACAGCGUGGUGGGCCCGCUGCUAGCUUCGCUGCCGCCGCCGCCGCCCUGCCUACCCCCCUACUGCCAGCAUCUGCCGCUACGCACCAGUCCUUUACUGCCGUCAUGCGAAGAUGUCCGCCGCCGCGGAGAGAAGCGGCCGAUCCCGCCGGAGUUGAAAGACGAGAAAUACUUCGAGCGGCGGCGGAGGAACAACCAGGCUGCCAAGAAGUCUAGAGACGCCAGGAGGAUUCGAGAGGAUCAGGUAUUACCAAUUAUGUAUAUAGCCUGGCGAGCAUGUCUUCUCGAACAAGAGAACGCCUCCCUCCGCGCGCACGUGGCGGCUUUGAGACAGGAGGCUUUGGCCCUGAGAGGACUGCUGGCCGCCAGGGACGAUCCUCCCGCGCCCUCAUCUACCACGCCCGACUAG